GUAAAUUGCCAACAAAUUAUUCGCGGAGUCGGGCCGCGCUCAUUCUCCAAAAUCGCGUCUACUCGCAAACAACAACGAAACGAACACUUGUAACACUUCCGUCAUCCUCAUUCCCACGCCUCACGGCCUCACUCGAGUUGUGCUGUAAUUUAGCAAUGGACACGUUCCUGCUGCCAUUCAAAUCAAGUGCAUCGAGCGUAAUAAAACGAAACAUUCGAUUUAAACUAUUGUAGACUUGUAGACUCGUUGUAAUUGCACCUCGGAAGUGAUAAACAUGGAAGACGGCAACGACCAGUUCGAGAACAGCACGGCGAUGGAGGACAUCAUCGAUAAUAACGUCGUGCAGUCGGUGUUUUAUAUAAUGUACACUCUGAUCUUUGUGCUUGGUAUCUUUGGCAACGUGCUAGUUUGCUACGUGGUACUUCGCAACAAAGCCAUGCAAACUGUGACGAACUUGUUCAUAACGAAUUUGGCUCUAUCCGACAUACUGCUGUGCGUGCUUGCCGUCCCGUUCACGCCGCUCUAUACGUUCCACGGCAAAUGGCUUUUCGGAAGUGCGAUAUGUCAUCUCGUCCCAGUGGCUCAAGGCAUCAGCGUCUACAUUUCGACCUUAACCCUCACUUCGAUUGCCAUAGACAGAUACUUUGUGAUCAUCUACCCCUUUCAACCACGCAUGAAGGUCUCGACGUGCAUCAUCAUCAUCGUCAGCAUAUGGAUAUUUUCGAUUCUGGUCACUGUCCCUUAUGGCAUCAAUAUGAUAUACCACUCCAGUAACACUACCAUCAAUGAAACAGACAUCAAAUAUUACUGCGAGGAAAAAUGGCCGGAUGAUAACUACCGACAGAUUUAUGCUGGCAUCACUACAUUUCUACAAUUCGUGAUGCCGUUCUUCUUCAUUGCUUACUGCUAUAUUUGUGUGUCAAUGAAACUCAACGACCGUGCCAAAAGUAAGCCAGGUUGUAAGAGUAGUAAGAAAGAAGAAGCUGACCGCGAACGCAAAAGACGCACCAAUCGCAUGUUGAUCGCAAUGGUGAUAAUCUUUCUUGUCUCCUGGCUACCGCUCAAUAUGUUCAACAUUAUUUUUGAUUUCUACCGGCCUUUCAUGGAAUGGCCCUACUAUUAUCUUCUCUUCUUCAUGGUGCAUUCGCUGGCGAUGUCGUCGACGUGCUAUAAUCCGUUCCUGUACGCCUGGUUGAACGAAAACUUUCGCAAGGAGUUCAAGCAUGUGUUGCCGUGUUUCGAUGUCGACCGUUCGACGAAUCAACAGCGCGCGGGUAAUUACAGGUCGGAGCGGACCUGUAACGGCAACGAGACGCAAAGUUCCAUGCUGCCCACGUCCGGUGUUCACCGUGCGUUGUCGAUAAGGGAGAGGAAACAGACGCCGCCGCCGCCACUCAAGACUGAUAGCGUCGAGGUCGAGAACGUAAUGAUUCCUAAUGUCGCCGCAAUUUAUGAUUCCGCCGCCGAGACCGUGCGCCUCAAACUAAUCACGGAGGAGGAUCCGCCGCCCUAUGACAGCAUUAACAGCGAGGAUUAAAUGAGACCAUCUCGAUUCUUCCUAGAACUUGGUCAACAAGCACACUGAAUUUAUCCAAUUAGUUUCCUGAAGCCUGAAGUAUUUACCAUCGGACAAGUGUAACAAAUAACAAAAGUUUUGACAUUUAUAUACAUUUGAGGAGGGUCCUAACGGCAGCAAUCUUGAUUCCCGAAGCCUAAUCACGUAACAUGGUGCCGUUUUGAGGAACCACACACAACAUUAAAGGUUUUAAUUAAAAAUACUAAUUAAAAGAAAAAUUGCUACGCGAAACAAGUAAACCUAGUUAUGUUCACCGACUUUACGCUGCACUCAUAAUUAGAUCGAGUCGGAUUAAACUCAUUAAUAUGCAUCUGUAGCAUUAGUAGCUUGUUUGCCUAGUGCGUCACAAAGAAGCAGUGGAUGUAAAAACGUAAAGAACGAAAUUUUUGGACUGAAUAUAGAUGUUAUUGUCUUAUAAAUCUCUGUUAAUGUAGAUUAUAAAUAGCUACUUAAAAUGAAACGAAAGAAUGAAAUGAAAAAGUAUUAUAGGUUUAAGUGAAUACGCUUAUUUUGACGAAUCUUUCGUUUCAAAAGAUACAAAGUCACAUUAUAACAAAUAUUUUUCAUAGAUAGAAAUAUGAAUGUAUAAAUAAAAUAUAGAAGUUUAUAUUAAAAAUAACUCAGAAAGAAUUGCAUGUGCAUUUGAAAGAUGAUGGAGAUUACAGUAUGGAUUUCCAUCACAUUUUGGCAUUUUGUACAUAAGAAUAUAUUCAAUUACAAUGGGCUGUUGUUUCUCACGUACUUGCUUGUGAAUUAACUUAUUUUUGAUAAGUAUGUGUUAAAUACAAUAAUAUUAUACGUUGUUAUAUCUGUUUAGAAAAUAUUUAUAUAUUAAAUAUAAUCUAUAAAUAGAAAUAUACAAGGAACGAAGCACGGAAAUUCAAUGAGCCCCAAAAUAAUUAUUUUUCUUGCUUCGUUUUGGAUAAACGUUUGUAAGUAUGUCUAACUGAAGAGGAUAACCUAUAUGGGUAGCUACUAAACUUACUGUGGCUGUUGAUAUAUAUGUAUAUUAUAAAAAGUGACAAUGUAUUGAUUAAUAAUAAUGAUGAUAAUAAUAAUAAUGGUCCAAUAAGUGAAUGUAUAAGAGAUGAGGAACUGUAUGUACUGUCGGAGUAAAACGCAUAUAAUUGUGAUUAAAUAUAAGUAAAGUAAAAUAACAAA